CUAACGGUUAACAAAAAUAUCAUUUUUACUACUAAUAUUACUACUACUUUCUUUAUCUCUAUUCUCUAUAACAAAUAAUGUCAUUACUUUUGAUCUCUUGAUUCAUUUGUAUAUAACUUCAUUAUUUGUUGAGUUAUCACAUGUUAAACCCCGUUGAUUAUUAUGAUUUGGUAAAUUUUGUGGAAAUUCUUGCGAAAUUACUAUGUAUGUAGGAGUAGUAGGUAACAAUUUACCUUCAUAUAUUUCAUUAUUCGUUACUCCAGAAUUUGAAAUAUCGUUAUUAUUUAUUAAUAAAACUAUAAAUCUUGUUGAAUAUGCUGAAUAUAUUGUAUCUGGAUUAUUUGAAUUACUUGAAUCUGGAUUUGGUCGAGCUGUAACUGUAACAAUUCCUAUUGUUGGAACUGUAAAACUUGAUAUAUCAAAUCCACCUGGUAGAACUGGAGAUGGAAUUACUGGUGCUGGAAUUGCUGGAGUUAUAGUUGGAAUUGUUGGAGUUGGAGCUGGUGGUAUAAUUUCCGGAAUUACUAUACUUGGGAGGACCAUCAGGACCACCAGCGGGGGUCCUACUCCACCAGCGGGAAAUGCUAUUCCACCAGCGGGAGGGGCUACUCCAGCGGGAGGUACUCCAAGUGGUGGUACUCCAAGUAUUACUGGAUUUGCUAAUCUACCAUCGAGAAGUGCUACACCAGUAGGGGCUAUUCCAUCAACUCAAUUAAUAAUAAGUGCUUCAAGCGAUACUGCUACUACUACACCACUAGUUAAUUUAAUUCUUGGAGCGAUAGUUGGAGGAAUAGUUAGUGGCUUGAUUUUAAUCUCCUUAGCUUGUUUAUGUUUCUUUUUAGUGAGAAAGUACGGCAGAAAGAAUGAAGCAAUUGCAAUCCCUGAACCAAAUAAUAAUGUAAAUAGGAAUACUCCCAUAGAUUUAGUAAUUUCGAAUCAAGAACAAGAAUUUACACCAAAUUUACCAAAUUAUAAUAAUCAACAAGGAACAACAUGUGAGUUAGGAAAUAACUCAACAGAUAAUGAAAUUAUUCAGAAUAUUAAAAAAGGAAAAUUAUCAUUUAUUAUCGAUGAAAAGAUUAUUGAAGAAAUGAAAAAAGAUGUUCUACGAGACGUUAAGCAAGAAUUAAAAGAAAAAAUAAGAAUAAAAGUAGAGGCAUCAUUGGAAAAAUAUGAAGAUGAUAAUAGUGGUAGUAAAAAUUAUAAUAGAUAA